GAAGUCAUUUUAUUAUUUUGUAGUUCUUCUUGACUUAAAAGAGUGCUCUUCCCCCUACUCUCAAAUACUUUAUUAUAGAUCCUACUUCCUAUAAAUGCUAUAUUCUAUAAAGGCUACACCCUCUCUCUCUCACGCGCUGUCUAGUGGAACAAAGCCACGCUGUGUCUCUCUUCCCAACGAGUGGAGAAAUCCUUUUUUCGUCUCUCCGUUGUCAAACCCUAAGGGAAAGGAGCCGCUUUCCUUAAGAUAAAAGGGGUGCCUUUGUGAAUGAAGGUUUGUCUCUUUGUGGUCUGAUUGGUUCUGAUAUUGUGUGGAGGAGAUAGUUCAAAAGAAGUGAGGAAUUUAACAAUAUCGUGUUCAGGAAAUAGUUUGGAGUAAACUUCAUAGGAGAGAGUCACAAUGAUGAGGCAGGUAUCCAGUAGGAACCAGAGGAGCAAGGGAUUCAGGGUGAAAAAUGUUCUUCAGUUGUGCCUCUUGGCUGCUGUUUGCUUCUGGCUGCUUUACCAGUUGAGGCAUUCUUAUGAUAAGAAAAGGGCAUUAGAGGAGAAGAACUUAGGGACUUGGGACAAGCUAGCCGAGAACCAGCCAGAGUUAAAGUUUGGCAGGAAGGAUCUCCCUCAUGGCAAGGAGAACGUUUCUGGGAGUGAGACCCAUGACAAGGAAGAAGACGACGAAGAAGUUGAAGAACAAGAUCAGGAAGCCAGACAAGCUUUGGAAGAUGAAGAAGCCAGAGGAGAUGGAGAUGAUGAGAUAGAUGAGCAAGAUCAAGAAAGAGCUGAUGAGCAAGAGGAUCAAGAGAGAGCUGAUGAGGUAGCUGAGAUUGGAGAAGAAUUGACCAAUGAAGAAGACAAGGAUGGUCAGGGGGAGGAAACAGAACAGUUGGAUGACCAAGACCCUGAAGAGGUUUUUUCCCACAAGGCACGUGAAGAAAGUUAUAGAAGAGACGAUGUAUCCAGUGCUGUACGCCGAGAAAAUCAAGCAAAAAAUUCUGAAGGUGAAGAUGGUGAUGCAGGUGAGAAAGUAAUGGAAAACACUGAGGAGAAAGAUGUGGACACAGAUGAUAUGGCUGAUGGUGCGGAUGAUGGUUCCACGGGUAGCAGUCAUUCGAGUGUUGGAGCAGCAGAUGUUUCCAAGGAUAAUGUUACAGGUAUUGUUUUGGCUGGGAAUGAGACCAGCUGGAAUGAUCAUCCAACCAUGAAUGAGACUGUUAUUGAGAAAAAAGGAUCAGAGGUUGGAUUAAAUAAUUCAGAGGGGUCUCUUACGAGCAAUCAGAUCGAAUCGCAGGCCAACUCUACGACAGCAUCUGUAACUAACAAUCAUGUAAAAGCACAGGCCAAUUCAACAACAGUUGUAUCAAGCUAUCAAACAAAAACACACAGUAACUCAACGAUGGUUGAUGCUGUAGCUAACAGUGUGCCUCUCCAGAAUGAAACUGCCGGCAGGGACUCAGUUCAAAAUCACAACAUUAAAGUUGAGAUUGAAGCUUCUAAGGAAGAUAAUAACAUCAACUUGAAAAAUGUGGUGACAGAAGGGCAGGAUGAGAGGUUUAACACGACUGUUGGGCAAGAGGACACCAGAGAGCGCUCCUCUAUAUUCUUGAGUACAGAUGACAAAGUAGAUGCAAUUCAGGGUGAAUCCACUGAUCCUUCGCAUAAAAUGGUCAUGAAAGAAGAGAGAGAUGCUCGUAUAGAUCUGCAGACCUUACCUGACAUGCGGGACGAAGUAAAGAGAGCAUGGGAGAUGAAGCUGCAGAGUGAUGAUGAUCUCAGGAUGUGAGAGGUUUAGGCAUUACUGGAUAUGGAAGUUGGAAAGCUUAGUAAUGUGGCCUUGUUAUCUUUGUUUCUGAUGGCUUCUUUGAUGAUAUUUCCAUGGAUACGUGCCAAGCAUUCCCAUUACGAGGAAGCAUAGAUGGUGGGAUCUGAAGUGUUAAUGAAAGAGUUGCUUUACAUAUAUAAAGAACCAAGGGCUGACCUUUUUUUGGGCUGCUGCUUUCUUUCUUCUCUUUUUUUCUGUUGGUUAUUAUCUCCUGGGCACGUGAGCUUAAUUUAAUAGGGUUUGGAUGAAAAGAGCCGAACUGCUAACCCUACUAAUUUCAUAAACUAUUAUGUUGAAAAUUCCUAUUUUCUUGGUCCCAUGAAUGGCUAAGUUUCUAGCCUUA